ACCCGGAGCACAUGAGGAACACCGGAAGUCUCAAACGGUCAAACAUUCAAACUAUCUCGUCCGCAUCCUUCUCUGAAACUGCAUUCUGCAGCUCCUCCGCUCGUCCCGGCCGGCCGCCACUUGCUGCAGUCGUAUUUUCGUCUCUCCAUCCCAUCACAUAGAAGUCUCUUUUUCUGUCUGGCUUCCUCGCAUCCUCCUUAUCGCACACUUGUAUCGCACAGUGCGUUGCCCUAAGCGGAUCCUGAAUGGCUGAAGAAAUGGACAGUCAAGAAGACCCUGUUUUCACACAGUUAACGGAAGCUGUUGCUGCCAACCCGGAUGACCCUUCCCUCCAUUUUAAUCUUGGUUUGUUCUUGUGGGAGGGGAUUGGGUCAGAAUCUAAGGAAAAGGCAGCAGAGCAUUUUGUGAUUGCAGCAAAGCUAAACCCACAAGAUGCAAAUGCUUUUAGGUAUUUGGGUCAUUAUUAUAGCAAAGUUUCAGUUGAUACUCAGAGAGCUCUCAAGUGUUAUCAGAGGGCUCUCACUCUUGAUCCUCAAGAUUCUGAAUCUGGGGAAUCAAUGUGUGAUUUGUUGGAUAAAGAAGGAAAAGAGAGCUUGGAGGUUGCUGUUUGCCGUGAAGCUGCAGGGAAGUCGCCAAGGGCAUUUUGGGCAUUUCGUAGACUAGGUUUUCUACAGGUCCAUCAGAAGAAAUGGUCUGAGGCAGUUCAUAAUCUUCAGCAGGCCAUUAGAGGGUAUCCUACAUCUGCAGAUUUAUGGGAAGCUUUAGGUCUUGCAUAUCAGCGAUUGAGCAUGUUCACAGCAGCUAUUAAGUCAUAUGGUCGAGCUAUUGAGUUGGAGGAGUCACGAGUUUUUGCAAUGGUUGAGAGUGGAUAUGUCUUCUUGAUGCUUGGUUCACAUCGAAAGGGAGUUGAGCAGUUUCAGCAAGCUUUACAGAUAUCACCUGAAAAUGUAGCUGCACACUAUGGACUUGGGUGUGGGCUUCUUGAGUUAUCAAAGGAAUGUAUAAGUUCAGGUGCAUUUAGAUGGGGAGCUUCAAUAUUAGAGGAGGCAUCAAAAGUUGUUAAAACUGGUACUUUCUUGGCAAAAAAUGUUUCAUGCAUGUGGAAGUUGCAUGGUGAUAUUCAGCUUACAUAUGCGAAUUGCAUCCCAUGGAUUGAUGAAGACCAUGUGUUAGAAACAGAGAAAGCUUUGGCUGAUUCCAUUCUUUCAUGGAAAAACGCGUGUUCUUCAGCUGCACUGAGUGCCAGGCGUUCAUAUCAACAUGCUCUACAUUUGGCUCCAUGGCAAGCUAACAUCUACACAGAUAUUGCCAUCACUAUAGAUGUCAUAAACUAUUUUAAGGAGGAAAAGAAACAUGAUCCUAUCCAAAAGCAAUUACCUGAGAAAAUGAUUUUAGGUGGUUUAUUACUUGAGAGUUCCAAUAAUGAAUUCUGGGUUGCAUUGGGAUGCUUAUCACAUCAUGUUGAGUUAAAGCAACAUGCUUUUAUCAGAUCAUUGCAGUUAGAUGUAUCAUUAGCUGUUGCAUGGGCAUAUCUUGGGAAGCUUUAUAGAAAACAAGGUGACAAGAAAUUGGCACAAAAUGCAUUUGAUCGUGCCAGGAGUAUUGAUCCUUCACUUGCAUUACCAUGGGCUGGCAUGUCAGCAGAUAUGUCCAUUAGAGCACUUAAGGCAGAUGAAGCUUAUGAUUGCUGUUUAAGAGCUGUUCAAAUACUACCUCUUCCAGAAUUUCAGAUGGGUCUUGCAAAGCUUGCUUUACUUUCUGGUGAACUUUCAUCUUCAGAGGUAUUUGGACCCAUAAGCCAGGCUUUGCAUCAUGCACCUCAGUAUCCAGAAUCUCACAAUCUUCUAGGGCUUGUUUGUGAGGCAAGAUGUGAUUAUCCAUCUGCUAUUACAUCUUAUAAGUUAGCACGUUAUGCACUCAACACUUCUUCUCGUGACGCCUCAAAACUCCUUGAUAUAUCAAUUAAUUUGGCAAGGUCACUCUGUAAGGAUGGUAAAGCUUAUGAGGCAGUGCAAGAAUGCGAAGAACUAAAGAAGAAAGGUGUUCUGGAUCGGGAAGGUUUGCAUAUAUAUGCUUUAUCUUCAUGGCAACUUGGGAAGAAUGAUCAGGCUUUGUCUGUGGUGAGGAUUUUAGCUGCAGGUGUUAAAUCAUUGGAACCACAAAAGGCAUCCACCUCCAUAAGUUUUAUAUGUAGAUUACUUUACUAUAUUUCUGGUCAAGAGGCAGUGAUGACAAGCAUUUUAAAAAUGCCAAAAGAUUUAUUUAAAAGUUCAAAAGUUAGUUUUGUGGUAUCUGCUAUUCAUGUUCUGGAUCAAAGCAAUCAGCUUGAGGCAGUUGUUUCAAGUAGCCGAUCUUCCCUCAUAAGUCAUGAGGAAAUUACUGGAAUGCAUUUUUUGAUAGUAUUAAGUAAAUUGGUGAAAAAUGGUUCAGAGCAUUGCUUGGGAAUUCAGAGUGGAAUUGAUCACCUUAGAAAAAUCCUCCAUAAGUACCCCAACAGUUAUUUUCUAAGGAAUGUUCUUGGUUAUCUCUUAAUAUCUAGUAAAGAACAAAAAGAUGCACACUUGUCCACUAGAUGCUUUACUGUAAGAAGCAGCCAAUCAGAGUGUAGAAAAGAAAAAGGUCUAAAAUGCGCACCUGAAAUCCUUGGUGCAAGUACAGUUGCUUGCUACACCAACAAUAAACACACCUUUCCCACCUGUAAAGACCAAUCUACCCCUCAACAUGGAUCGCUCAAACUAUUACAAAAGUGGUGGCAUCAAGAACCAUGGAAUAAAAAUGCAAGAUACCUUUUAAUCCUCAACUACAUUCAAAAAGCACGUGAAGAGAGAUACCCUCAACAUAUAAACACAGGACUCGAAAAGUUAAUUACUUUAGCUCUUUCAGACGAAUCCCUAUCCUGCCCCUAUCAAAAGUUCCAGCUGUCACUUUGUGCAUCUGAAAUAAGUUUACAAAGUGGGGACCACAUGAACUGCAUAAAACAUGCUAAAAACGCUUCAAAUCUUUCUAUCCCAGAUGACUAUCUCUUCUUUGCACACUUGCAAUUAUGUCGGGCAUAUGCUGCAGAAAACAACCAUGUCAGCUUACAUGAAGAAUACACAAAAUGUAUAAAUUUGAGAACCGAUUAUCAUAUCGGUUUAAUUUGCCUCAAAUACAUCGAAUGUCAAUAUGGUCUACAAGGAGAUGAGAAUAUAAAUAUAAUCGAAUUGAGAUUUGAAGAAUGUUCAAAAGAUAUAAAAUAUUCAUGGAAUGUAUGGACAGCUGUAUGGAAAAUGGUCCAGGGGUUGAUUGCGGUUUCAAAUCGUGAUUUUGUUGGUGCUGAAGAGUUUUUUGCAUAUGCGUGCUCGUUAAACGGUUCUGAGAGCUGUUUGUUUUUGUGUCAUGGUGCCAUUUGUAUGGAACUUGCAAGACAACAAUGCAACUCAGAUUUCUUGCUGCUUGCUGUUGGGAGUUUGAAGAAAGCUAGAGACAAUUGUUACGCAAGUUUACCUAUUUUGCAACUUUUAUUAGGGCAAGCAGAAGCAAGUCUUGGAUAUAAAGGGCAAUGGAGUCAAUAUCUUAAGUUUGAAUGGUCAUCUUGGCCUCCAGAGAUGAGGCCGGGGGAGAUUUUUCUUCAUAUGCAUUUGGUUUCAAAACAGUUGCAAGAAGGUGGCUACUCUGCAUCAAGAACAAUACAUGGAAAAAAUCCAUUGAGAUGGAUUCUACAAGCGAUACAUUUGAAUCCAUCUUGCUCAAGAUAUUGGAAAGCUUUACAGAAUUCGUAAAUACCUUACUUUACUUAUGUUGUUCAUGUCGGAUUUUAGACAAGUGUGUUUGGUUAAUGCAUUUGUUCGAAUGAUUUACCACAUGUAAAACCGAGUCUUUGGAAUCUGAGUCUAGAGAAAACACGAUAGUUGUUGAUUAUUAAUAUACAUAUUAUUGGCGUUGCAUGAAAGGGAGAAUGGAUAGCUUGGCAUUGA